AUGCCGUCUCGAGGUUUCGCCCUGGAUGAUGAAGUGGUUUCCCCGCGUUGCACAGUGCCGCGGCGUUGGCUGUUUGCUAAUGUGAUUUAUAUUUUUUCGUGUUACAGAGCAGAAGAAUCUGUAUCAGAUGAUGACAAAAGGAGGAACUAUGGUGGUGUUUAUGUUGGCCUGCCAUCGGAUGCAACUGCCAUGGUUUCCAGUCAGACAAAAGCUGCACCUAAAGGUAUUUGAAGGUCACUUGUUGCAUUACUCCUACGUUCUUAGUCUAAUUUGAGCUAUUAAGAUGUAUUUAUCCUUUAAAAAUCAAUGAUUAUUUUAGACAGACUGAACAGCCUUGGAACCCCUUAAGGCAGUGGGGCUAUUUAUAAUCAUUAAAGUG